UCAAACAGUUGCAGGAUGGCUAUGACUGACGUGCUCAGCGCUGAGGAUAUCAAGAAGGCUGUGGGAGCCUUUUCAGCGGCUGAAUCUUUUAACUACAAGAAGUUUUUCGAGAUGGUAGGACUGAAAAAGAAGAGCCCAGAAGAUGUGAAGAAGGUUUUCCAUAUUCUUGAUAAAGAUCGAAGUGGCUUCAUCGAAGAGGAAGAAUUAAAGUUUGUACUGAAGGGCUUUACCCCAGAUGGAAGAGACCUAUCAGACAAAGAAACAAAGGCUCUUCUGGCUGCUGGAGACAAGGAUGGUGAUGGUAAAAUUGGCGCCGAUGAAUUUGCAACUAUGGUGGCUGAAUCAUAA